AGUGUUCAGCAAUACACUCAAUUGGCAACAGGUGAACCCUAGUAUUUUAGAUCUUUUCCCACAUUGAAUUUUAAAAGAUGCAUACCAAAUUAGAGGUGGGAUGUGAGUUCAACAAUUGCACAUCGGUUACUUCUCCAGGAGCCAACAUCGCAUCUCCUAUAACGUCGUCUCUAUUUGGUAUUCUAGGUAAUGCAAUAGCGCUGGUUACUGUACACCAAAUGAAGCUGGAAAGACAUAGGACAGUGUUCUUCGUCUUUAUCGCUGGAUUGGCUUUCGCUGAUCUUGUUGGGAUAUUCCUUACGACCUUUCCCGUUCUGCUUGUUUAUAGUCACGGUUACUACUUUGGCGGACCGAUGAUGUGCAACUACCACGCAUUCACCAUGGUGACUUUCGGAAUCUUAACUCCCAUGAUUGCUUGUGCUAUGUCGCUAGAACGGUAUUUUGGAAUACGACACGGAUACUUCUACAUGCUUCAUUUCAGCCCUCAAAGAGCUAGAAUGGCAUUACUGAGCCUGUGGCUUGUGGCUAUCAUUUUCUCGGCCCUUCCUAUCUUUGGGUUUGGCCAGUACGCUAUUCAAUAUCCGGGAACUUGGUGCUUCCUCAACCUUCAUCCGGAAAACGCAAUCGAUGCAGCUUAUUCGAUUACAUUCGCUGUCCUCAACUUACUUCUUAUUGGUGUUAUGAUCAUAUGCAACAUUGGAGUGCAAUGCACUUUGGUGGCACUACGCUGUCAACGAAGCUCGGCGGAUCGGGCGGAUCGUUUCCGUCGGACCCACCGCAGUCCACAGCAGGAGGAACUAGAAGUGCAAAUGAUGUUCGUCCUCCUUGCCAUCACUAUUGUCUUUACUUUGUGCUGGACACCCCUACAAUUUCAGAUAUUAAAAAACCAAUUCUACGAGCACAAAACGGCAUCUGACCAUGCUGGAGACUUGCUGGCUAUCCGACUGGCUUCCAUUAACCAGAUAAUAGACCCUUGGGUCUACAUUCUCUGCAAAAAGUUAUGUUUUCGUAGAGGGUGCACUUGCUGGAAGACAAAUUGGGGUUCCAUCAAACGCAGUCUGAGUCAGAAAGAGUUUAUUGGCACCUCAUCGCUCCGUUCGGCCUUGGUACACUUUCGAGCACAACAACCACCGACAAGGUCGGCAAGUCGCUCGUGUUCCCGAUGUCGACAAAAACGAGUAGAAGUAGAGGUGGAAGCUGGUGAAACUGUUAAUCUGGGUGAAGUUAACCAUUUCUCCUCAAGUUUGAGCAACGCUGUAAUUGGCUACGACUCGACCAGUAAAAGUACUUCAUUGCCCAACAACGCUAGCCCCGCUCCUACCGCAAUUCUAAUAAGUGGCUCAGAGGGAGGCACAGAAAGCUCCGCAAGUCACGAGAUUCCUAUUCCGAUUUUUACAUCUUCCCAAUACUCAAUUCAACGUCGAAGAACUCGUUCCACACCGCGUUCAAGUAGACAAGAAGAGCGUCAGCCUCCAGCUGCAGAUUUAACUGACACCAUGACCAACGCGAAUAACAUGUCGAAAGCAAGGAUUUUUUCUAAUGAUGGCGGAGAAGAAAAAGUUUCUGCGAUUGGGCGACGUCGUCACUCUUGGUGUUGUUCAAACGGCCGUUUUCCUAUGACAGUGAAACGAUUCGCUACUCAAAGUACUCAAACCAUCGAUGAAACACAAACAAAAUAUUCAAGAACAAAUAUAAUGACUGAUUUAAAUGCAUGAAAUGCAGUCAUAACUGCCGUAAACGUAUUUGUCAUUUGCAUGAUUGAUAUUCUAUCUUCAGUAAAAGAGUUAUUCGUCUGUGCUGUACUCUAAUAAGUUGCCGUAUUAAUAAUACACGUAAACCCGACUGCGUUCUAAUGGAUCAAAA